AUGGUGAUUCUCGAGACUGCCGCCUCUAAGGCGGCUGGUUCUGGUGCUUAUCGAAGCAGCAAAGGAAAUGGAUUCGCAAAGAAUGUGUCUCUGAUAUUUUUGACUUUUCAAAAUUCGGCCCUGAUACUGGUGAUGCAUUACUCUAGAGUCAUGCCUCCGGAAGGUGACCACCGAUAUUUCACAUCCACAGCCGUCUUCAUCAACGAAGUUAUCAAGUUGGCCAUAUCCCUGACGUUGGCCCUGUACGAGACGUCCAAGACCCUUGCUCCCAGCACGCCGGCUACCGUACUCUUCGAGCAGAUCUACAAUGGGGUAUUCUCCAGUGAUGGUUGGAUGUUGGCUGUGCCUGCCGCUUUAUACACGUUUCAGAACCUGCUGCAGUAUGUGGCUGUUGGGAACUUGGACCCUGUGCAUUUCCAGGUGUUGUAUCAAGUAAAGAUCCUCACAACUGCUAUUUUCAGCGUUUUUCUUCUGCGCCGCCAGCUUGGUUUCAAAGGUUGGACGUCCUUGAUCAUUCUGACAUGUGGUGUCUGCGUUGUCUCUUUACCGUCCUCCGAAAAGGCCACCAGCUCGCUCCUCCUGCACGGCGUGCCAGACCACUAUUUUCCUCGAUCAAAGCACGAAAUCGGCCAAACUGUGGCUGGCGCAGCUGUCCCUGAAGCAGCGCUGCACCUCAGCAAGCGAUCUGCUACAUACGAAGGCAUUGCGAAAGACCUGCCACCCGCUGAUCCCAUUAUGAACUUUUCCGUUGGAGUCUCCGCGGCACUCAUCUCAGCUGUUGUGUCCGGUCUGGCGGGUGUAUACUUCGAGAAGCUGCUCAAGGAGAGCUCCACAAAUGCGAGCGUCUGGAUGCGAAAUGUCCAGUUGAGCUUCUACUCGCUCAUCGCGGCCUUCCUGGGAGGUUGUGUGUACCAGGAUGGGGCUGGUAUUCAAGAACACGGCUUUUUUGAGGGGUACAAUGCCGUCGUUUGGGCCGCCAUCUUACUCCAGGCUGCAGGUGGUUUGCUCGCUAGUCUUGUGAUUCGCGAUGCCGACAACAUCGUAAAGAACUUUGCCACCAGCAUUAGCAUUGUCAUCAGCUUCGUUGUGAGCGUGUGGAUAUUUGAUUUCGCCGUUACCAUGACUUUUCUCCUGGGUACUUCCCUCGUCCUCCUCGCUACAUACAUCUACAGUGUCCCGGAGCGCAAACUCCACCGCCCACCUCCCAUGCGCAUAGUCAGCUUUGAGAAACCCGCCAUUGAGCAAACCGUUACACCGUUACAAACUCCCCGCACAGCAGACUUUCGCCGUCUCAACGCCGACCCCUUUGACAGCAAGGGCCUUGGCAAAACGACCAGUCGGCCUGGUAGUCCUAUGCUGCCGCGUGUGGCCAGUCGUACUCAUGUUCAUAAAGAAGAGUACUAG